AUGAAUUCGAUUUUCUCUCGUAAAGUCGUCGUCGACUCAUCUGCGCGUCUCACCAAAUUGCUCACGAACCCAACAACUCACACUCACCCGAAUCAUCAGUCCUUCACUUCGCUCUAUAGGCCGACCCAGAACCGCCAUUUUCGGAGCCACUACCUUCCUCAGAGCCCGCCUUCUCCUCCCGCGAGCCGCUUCGACCCUUCUCUGCUAUGGCGAUCGGCGAAAAUUCGUUGGGUUUUCGCGAGCGCUUCAGGGAACAAAGCUGCGAAAUCGGGAAAUCUCGUGGAAUCCAGAGCUGGGUUCUUCGGUUCUCAGUUUCCCAAAAAGGGUUUUGAAUUCCAGGGGUUUUCUGGGUCUCAAAGGCGUGAAUGGAAGCACUGGCUUCAAGGGUUAUCAGCUAAUGACGUUGUUCUUGGGUUAGUAGCAGCUAACGCUGCUGUGUUUGUGAUGUGGCGAGUCUUCGACAAACAAUUCAUGAUGAAUAAUUUCAUGGUCAGACCUCAAAGCUUUUACAACUUUAUAGAGAGAUUUUCGUUUCAGUACAUGCUUGUUCUGAUUCCUGACAUAUCGCUGGACAAUUUCACGAGCGGACGUAUACACACUCUGAUAACUUCAGCAUUCAGUCAUAUCGAUGUUGGACAUAUCAUCUCAAACAUGAUUGGACUCUACUUCUUUGGAACCAGUGUAGAGUUCUUUUCUCUUACAAUCGCAAGAAACUUUGGCCCUCAGUUCCUUUUGAAGCUGUACGUUGCUGGAGCGCUUGGUGGCUCUGUUUUCUACCUGAUUCACCAUGCUUAUAUGGCUGCGUCAUCGCCCAAGGGACAAGGAGCUUUCGUGAGGGAUCCAUCGAGAACCCCGGGACUGGGUGCUAGUGGAGCCGUGAAUGCCAUCAUGCUGCUCGAUAUCUUCCUGCAUCCAACAGCUACUCUAUACUUCGACUUUAUCAUUCCGGUUCCAGCAAUGUUGCUUGGAAUCUUCCUCAUAGGAAAAGACAUUUUAAGGAUAACAGAGGGGAACAGUAACAUAUCAGGUUCGGCUCACUUGGGAGGAGCUGCAGUUGCAGCCAUUGCUUGGGCUCGGAUUAGGAGAGGUCGCUUCCGUUACUAA